GAGCCGCGCGGAGCGGAGCGGGGCCGGCGGCGCCGCGCGGGGCGCGAUGGCGGGCGGCCUGAGCGAGGUGCUGGGCGAGGUGCUGGUGGCCGCGGACGGGGAGGAGGUGGCCGUGUCGGCGCUGGCCGCCCGCGGCGUCUCGCUGGUGGGGCUCUACUUCGGCUGCAGCCUCGGCGGCCCCUGCGCGCAGCUCGGCGCCAGCCUGGCCGCCUUCUACGGGCGCUUCCAGGGGGAGGCGGCGGCGGGCGGCGCGCAGCGCCUCGAGAUCGUCUUCGUGUCGGCGGAGCAGGAGCAGCAGCAGUGGCAGGAGGCGGUGCGGGCCAUGCCCUGGCUGGCGCUGCCCUUCGCCGACAAGCACCGCAAGCUGAAACUGUGGAACAAGUACCGAGUCUCCAACAUCCCUUCCCUGAUAUUUAUCGAUGCCUCCACUGGGAAGGUGGUCUGCAGGAACGGCCUCCUGGUAAUCCGAGAUGACCCUGAAGGUCUGGAGUUCCCCUGGGGGCCAAAACCCUUCAGUGAAGUUGUAGCCGGGCCUCUGCUUAGGAACAACGGCCAGUCCCUAGACAGUAACGUCCUGGAGGGCUCUCAUGUUGGGGUCUAUUUCUCAGCACACUGGUGCCCACCUUGCCGAAGCCUCACAAGGGUCCUGGUGGAGUCCUACCGGAAAAUCAAGGAGGCAGGGCAGAAAUUUGAGAUACUCUUCGUUAGUGCAGACAGGUCAGAGGACUCCUUCAAGCAGUAUUUCAGCGAGAUGCCCUGGCUAGCUGUCCCGUACACUGAUGAGGCCAGACGAUCGCGCCUGAAUCGGCUCUACGGCAUACAAGGCAUCCCGACUCUCAUCGUGCUGGACUCCAAGGGAGACGUGAUAACGCGGCAGGGGCGAGUGGAAGUGCUGAACGACAUUGAGUGCCGCGAGUUCCCGUGGCACCCCAAGCCCGUGCUGGAGCUGACGGACUCCAACGCCGUGCAUCUGAACGAGGGCCCGUGCCUCGUUCUCUUUGUAGAUUCAGAGGAUGACGGAGAGUCAGAGGCAGCAAAACAACUGAUCCAGCCCAUAGCUGAAAAAAUCAUCGCCAAGUACAAAGCCAAAGAUGAGGAGGCCCCGUUGCUGUUCUUUGUGGCAGGAGAGGAUGACAUGACCGACUCGCUCCGGGAUUACACCAACCUGCCGGAGGCUGCGCCCCUGCUCACCAUCCUGGACAUGUCGGCCAGGGCCAAGUACGUGAUGGAUGUGGAGGAGAUCACGCCAGAGAUCGUGGAAGCCUUCGUGAGCGACUUUCUAGCAGACAAGCUAAAACCCGAGCCCAUCUAAGGGGGCUUCUGCGCCCACAGACGUUAUUUAAAACUAGGUCUCUCUCCUGCCGCUCGUGGAUUCUCCAGCGUGUUCUCACGCCUGACCCAGUAUCCAACCUUCUUGUGGUGCCUUGUUUUACGCAGUGAAUCCUUCUCCUAAGCAAACUCCUUGAGAUGCACUUUCAGCAGGGAGUCGUUGGCGUUUGGAGACUUUGCUUGUGCUUCAUGGUGAUAUAUUCUCUAAUAACCAGGCCAGAACUGUUACCAUAUUGUUAUUUUAUACACGGCACUAGCUAGCAGGCAAAUCUUUCCGCAUGGUGUUCUUCCCAACAUGCGCAUCAGGCAGUGGACAGGGUUCCCGGGGCUCUUUUCUUCUCCUCCUUCCCCUUCUUUCCUUUCCUACUACUGUUGCAGGCUAAAUUACUUCAAGGAAGCAAUAAGGAAAUUGUCCCUUUUGCCCCUUGCCCACCUCCCCUUCCCACUCGAGUAACAGUGCCCUGACGAGGCCAAGUCAAAGUCUUAACUGCUGACAACCUCUGAAAGAUGACAGCGCCGCCGAGCUCGUCCUCUUCCUCGGGGUGAGGACUUUCAGGGUAGUUUUCCCGUCUCCCACCCCAAACGCUUACAAAGUGUUGGAGCUACGCGUUGGGGGAAAUCCACCCACCUGCAAAACACAGACAGACCCUCCCUCGAGCCCCGAGCCGGGAGGGGAGCCACGCUGGGCUGCCCUGCCUGCCCCCGUCUCUUCCCAGCGGCGACCAGUUCUCGCCCUUGUGCUUGUCCCUCCCCCUCGCCGUCUUGCCCCGUCUCUCUGGUAUGAAUCGUCCGCCCUCUGUGUUAGUUGAUUGAGCUGUUUUUCGUAGGUGUGUCCCAAACCCAACGUUAAUGGUGCUGUUCUUUAAAGAAAACAAAGCAUCCCUCCCCCGUCCCUAACGCAGGCAGCACAGCCACCCCCAAAAAGUGACAUUGUAAAAACUGUACAUGGUGAUUGGAACUUUGUAAUAAAACUGUUAUAAUAA